GGUGAUUUUUAUAACAUUAUUAUUACUCCGUACAAAGUAAAGUUAGGCUUCCCCACCGGUGGCUAACAGCCUCAAAAGUCAUAAUCCAAACCCAUUUCACGUUCGUUUUCUGCUCUCCGCUCCGCUAUCUCUCCCAACAAAUCUCAUCUCCAUACGCAACUUCGCAGCUAUGGCGGCUCAGAGGGAGAAAGACGAGGCCGAGCUCAAGGUGCCGGAAACCAUACCUCUCUGCGUGCUAUCUUCUUCUUCCGCCGUAUCACCUGAGAGCUCAGAUCCGAAACUCUCCGGCGCUGGCGACCUGAGAUCUAGCCCGGCGGGGUCGCCGCAAAGAUCGGAGACAAAAACCGCUUUCGAGGCGUCGGAGAUUCGGUCCUUGAAGAGGCCGAGGGACGUUUGCCGGUGCUCGGGAGCGGGAUGCCGGCGGAAAGUCGGGCUAGUGGGGUUCCGGUGCCGGUGCGGGGAGGUGUUCUGCUCCCAGCACAGAUACUCCGAUCGCCACGACUGUUCGUUUGAUUACAAGGCGGCCGGCCGGGAGGCGAUCGCGAGGGAAAAUCCGGUGGUCCGAGCCGCCAAGAUUCUGAAAGUGUGAUUGGGAAAGAACCGGGUUUUCUGGCUUUUGAGCUGGGGAAUGAUUGGGGGUGUUGUACGUAAAUUUGAUUGAGGCCAGAGGGUGUUAUUGUCAUUUAAAAUAUAUAUCAUUAUUAUAGUGGAAACUUUUGUUUUAUUUUAUUUUAUUUAUUUUUUUUACUAUUUUCACUAAGGAAUUUAAUGCAUUUAAUAUUUGAAU